AUGUACCUCUUGUCCGAAAGCAAAAGCAUCGCAGGAAACGGCAAGAAGGACAGCCUCCUUUGGGUCGAGGACUCCGCAUGGUGGGUCGACUCCGAGACGCUUCAUGUUCGUGGUCUUGAUUCCGUAUCCGAUACGACGGGCGGACGAGUUGAUCACCUUGAUAUGGUAGGUGUGCUUGUCGUCAUACGGAGCGUUGAAGACGAUCUUGGCGUUGGGCUGGGUCUGGAUGUCUCCUGGUGGGACGGAUUGAGCCAUGUUAGGUUGGGUUUGGUUGAAGGAGUUUUUGAGAACUCUAUGGAGAGACUGACGGGAAACACCUUCUUUUAUACGGUACGCUUAUCAGCAGAUUUGAUCUGCUCCAGUUUUUUGGAGGGCAGAUUGAAAGAUAAGGUGGGAGGGGUUACGUAA